CUGCGUCCCGUAGUAUCGCGAGAUUUUGUCGUUGGCGUGACUUGAGCUGCUUCUUCCCGGGAAGAGAAGCGUUUCAAUUGAGCUAACUCUAACUGUUACGCUGCCACACAUAUAACCGUAAAGUUAAGUCAGGUCUUUUCUAGGUAUCAUGUAAACUGAACUUCCUCGCUCGACUAAUGUCUGUGUUCAGAAACCAACAUGUCUGCGGAGCCAAGGGCGAGCUGGAUACUGACAUGCACUACGGCUGCUUUGGUCACCGCCCUGUAUGUGCCCUGUGUGCAGAGGACGGUCCCCGGCGGAGACUCAGGAGAGCUGAUCACCACUGCUUGUGAGCUGGGGGUGGCCCAUCCUCCAGGAUACCCUGUCUUUACCCUACUUGCUCGCCUGGCUAUGUGUCUUCUGCCCUCACUCUCUCCAGCCCACAGUGUCAACCUGAUGAGUAGCCUGCUGGGGGCUGCAGCGUGUGGUACCCUCUGCAUUACUGUCUGCAGGUUGACCGGCCCCGGCCCCGGAGCAGUACUGGCUGGAGGGCUGUUCGCUGUGUCCAGGCUGAGCUGGCAGUGGUCCAUGGUGGCAGAGGUCUUCACCCUCAACAACUUUUUUGUUGGUCUGCUCUUCUUCCUGACUGCCAGCUUCCACUGUGCUAAAAAUGCCGUCCAGAGAAGGAAGAUUGCACACUGGGGAGCACUAUGCUGUGGCUUGGGGCUCUGUAACCAGCACACCCUGCUGCUGUAUGUACUGGUCAUCAUUCCCUGGGUCCUUCACAGACUUUACUCUCUCAGGGAGCUGACUUUACGGGGCCUUGUGUCUCUGGGAGCAUUUUUUGUAGCUGGCUUUCUGCCGUACAUCUACCUGCCCAUCUCCUCCUACCUCAACACAGCCCGCUGGAGCUGGGGGGAUCAGACCACCCUAUCAGGCCUGCUAACUCACCUGCUGAGGGCUGAAUACGGCACCUUCAGUCUGGCAAAGACGGACAGCUCUGUAAACCUGACCUCAAUGCUGAAGGCCCAGUUGGACCACUGCCUGCAAGACCUUUCACUUCCUGCUUUGGUGCUGGCAGGAAUAGGCCUCCUCCUCUCCCCAUGGGACAGGAAAUGUCGCUCAGUGUCCUGGCUGUUUGGUGCCAUGCUGGUGGUCUACUCACUGUUUUUUGCUUGGAGAGCCAACCUUGACAUCAGCAGCCCCCUACUGCUUGGAGUGGUUGAGCGUUUCUGGCUCCAGAGUGAUGCUGCAGUGUGUGUGCUGGCAGGCCUCGGCUUGAGCCGGACGCACACUGAGCUGGAGAGGAGGCUGGGCUGUGGGUUGUGGAAGACCACUGGAUGGGUCCUCACCGUGGCUCUACUAGCACAUAUGGUGCACACCAAUCACAGGGAGUGCGAUCAGAGCAGAAACAGUGUGGUCGAGAGGUUCGGCAGGGAGCUUCUGGCCUCCGUCCCAACAGACUCAAUCAUCCUGACGAGAGGAGAUCUGCCCGGAAACUCUCUGCGCUACGUAUACUACUGCCAGGGUGUACGGCCCGAUGUACGCCUGGUCGACCAGGAGAUGAUGACAUACGCUUGGUAUGUGGCCAAGCUGGCGCAGCACCACCCUGGGGUGCUCUUUCCUGGACGCUGGUGGGACCCAGUCCACCCUGAAGGGAGAGACACCUUCAGUCUGGAGCAGUUUCUGUCCGUCAACACACAGAGACAUGUGUUUGCCUGCAUUGGGCUACCUGAAGGAGACCCGAGCUGGGAACGUAGCUUCUCUCGUUGGCCCCUGGGUGUGUGUGACUACUUGGUGCCUGUUCAGCGGCAGUUUCACCCCGAAAGAUGGGCCCAGCGAACUCGCAACAUCUACAACUGGAGUGAGCCACACAACAGUUUCCAUCCGGCGUCCUGGGAGCGUGUUGCUAAUGAGGAGAUGUGGCAAGCCAGGAUGAAGACGGCUUUCUUUCUGUUUGACCUGGCAGAAAGGAUGCAGGGAGAGGGGAAAGCUCGCCUCUUUGAGCUGUCUUACACUCUGUAUAAGGAGAUUGUGGAGGCCCACUCAGACUACCCUCCAAACUGGGACAAGAACUUGGCACUGGCCUGCGAGAGGUUGCUACGAUCGGGUCACCGGGGCUACAGUGCAGACAGCCUGCUGACCUGCAGCACUCAGCACUUUAGUCUCUACUUGGAGAAGGAACCCACAGAUCCCCAGACACCUGCCAUACGCGCUGCCAUUACUGACCUGCUCAAAGAGAGGGACGAGCUCCGCCACAGCCGGAGGCAAACCCCAUGACAAGACCCAGAGAUACCCACAUGGAGCUGGCACACUGAGAGUGUGCCCGGAGCCCAGCUGAUGUGCAAGGCACUGGGGACGAAGUCUGAGCCAAUGUACCUCUUCUCUUGGUUUGAAGGUGGUGUUCCAGAAGGCUAGAAUGAUGUUGAGUUAAAGUUUUGGCUCAAUGGACUUGGCCAAAUUGGACUUGGGAGUAAGGAGGAGUGGUGAUGCAGACGUACUGGAACUCGGUUAUCAAACAGAACUCUGCACAAAGGACAGAGAACUACAACUCAGCAACGCUUCAUCUGAUGAGCGUUUACAGUUGACCAUGGACAGAGCAUGACUUCGGGAAGCCUUGACUGACCCCAAUCAAACUGUGCAUGCUCCACUUAAAAUCACCCAUUCGAUUGCUUUAUCGUUAUAUCUAGUUCUUUUUUUUCUUUCCUCUUCUGCUCUCACAGCUUUUAACGUGCUGAUUAUUUUUGCCUCAGACAGUGCUCUACUUCUCCUUUUCUCACAUUAGGACGGCAAGGCCGAGAUUGAGGGAAAACCAAUUUGGGGGCAGAAAUGGGGGAUUAGAGCGACUGUUUAAUCUAGGACAGACUUGUGCUGUACCACACAGUCCUCACUCCGCAUAACGGGCACUGCCCACCCACCCCUCUAUCCUUCCAUCAGUCUAUCUUAGAUGGUCCUUUAAAUGUUUAAAAACUAAUGGAUUCGAUGGGUGUUUUUUUCUCUCUCUUGCUUCCUGACGGGAGGGCUGUAAUCCCUCAUGGAUUUAUAUGAAAUGUGAACUGUCACAAUGCCAGGGACCCUUUUAGAGGUGCAGAUCCAUGUGAAUGUGUGUGGAUUUGUGUUUUUAUGUUGAUGUGUGCGUGAGCACGCCUAAAUCUCAGUCCAAGCCUUUUUCCUGCCGGAACUGCAUAUAAGCAUAGUCAAUAAACUGAUCGACACACUGAAAAGCAAAUUACUUUGAUCAUCAUACAAUAACAAAAUAAUGCAAACUCUGGAGACACAUGAAAACACGCAAGACCAUCAGCCCAUCAUCCCACCAGCUCAAGGGGCUUUUAGCCCUGUGAAGGUUGUUGGAGAGACAACGUAGCAUGCAAACACAGCGAGUGGACCAGAGUCAUUUGUCUUUGGAGUGUUUUCAGGGUCCAAGACCUCGGUUACACACUGUUUUUGUAAAUGUUGGUUCUUAACCCCUCGGCCAUGAUUUUUGUUGCACAGAGCUGAAACCAGUCUGUUGCUAUAAGGUUCAUAUAGCACUGCUGGAGGAGCCUGCUGUUUGAAUCGCCACUAGAAAGCGUAGGGCAGUAUAAAGUGCAUUUGUAGUUUUUUCAGAAUGUAAUCUUCCCUCUCUGUUCGCAGGGCUGGUUAGCGGCUGUCAGAUUCGACCUGCUGUAGCACUGAUGGUUUGGUUUCUCAUAGAAAGAGGGAAAUCUGUCACUCUGCUUUUUUUUACAGAUUCAAAUGUUUCAAUAAAGAUUCUGUUUAUUUUAUUACAUUUUUGAAAACAUUUUCCACAGUAGACGAGGCCUCAUAUAUAUCAAUAUGGAUCAUAUUUUUCAACCAAU